UGUCGGCUCAGUCAUGUGAUCUGCUGUGUCCAAUCACAGCUGAUCGCAUGUAAACUGUGACAUGUGCACUGAUCAUCAGGGCACUGAUGAUCAGUGUGCCCUGAUGAUCAGUGUAGCCCCAGCAGUGCCACCUGCCAGUGCCCAUCAGUGCCACAUCAAUGCCACAUAUCAGUGCCUACCAGUGCACAUCCAUGCCACAUAUCAGUGCCCAUCUGAGCUGCCUUUCAGUGUCACCCAUCAGUGCCAGUCAGUGCCACCUAUCAAGGCCUAUCAGUGCUGCCAAUCAGUGCCACCUAAUAGUGCCAGUCAGUGCUGCCUAUCAUUGCCAGUCAGU